UGGUAUGUGUGUGUGUGUGCAACUGCAAGGAACUGGACUCAAUGCAUUGCAAUUGAGCACUGGCCCACAGUCCACACACACACACACACACACACAAAGACAGACAGACAGACAUCCCGUUUGGCAAGCACAAUUGGAAUUGAAACACGCUCAUUGCUAUUGCAGCGCUCUCUCUCUCUUUAGCAGUGCCGUGUUCCACAUACCAUGUUGUUUACAGUUGUGCUGUGUGUUUUUGUGGCUUACUCGCUAGCCUCUUGUUCCAGCACUUUCAGUUCCAUUUGAAACUUUUUACCGUUUGGUUGGAAGCGCGCAUCGCGAACAGCACAAUUUUCAAAUAAAUCGCCAGUCGGCCGUCGUCUUUCUGUUUUUCUCGUUUUGUUUUGUGAUUUACUCUCCUUUUGUGGUAUAAAUCAACGCGCGCGCCAAACUGUUUAAAGGAAGCCUAGCAAAAGGGAACUAUAUCAAAAUAAACAACAACAAAAACAAUUUUUGUAGUGUACACUUUGUGUUUUUCGCGUGUGUCCAGCAUUAACUGUUAACUGUAAACCGUAAUAUGGUCAAGUGAAGCAUAAUCUAAACACAAGAAAUGGCGAACACCAAAAAUAACUGUUAAAGCCCAAAGCAUAACGCAACUAUUUCAAGCAAAAGCAAAAAAAAAAAAACUCAAUUGCAAGAAAAGUGUGACCAGUUCGUCCAACACGUUACAAAACCCAUUACAUUGUAACGCAUUCAAAUUUCGUUUGAUUCUUAACAAACGCAUCUGUGUGUGCGUGUGUGUGUGCUUGGUUCAGGAUCGCAGCUCCUACCCAACAGCCACCGCACCCCCCCGCAACGGCCUACUCAUGAAAUGCAAAAGCUGGUCCAAUAAAAUCAACAAUUUUGUUGUGCGAAGAUUAAAGUCCAUAAAGAUUAACGGCACACAGCAGCUUCAAUCGCCAAGCAGCGCCGCCAGCAUCGCAGCCGCCGCCGCCGUUGUCGUCUCUGCCUCGAGCAGCAGCAGCAGCAGCUGCAGCAGCAGCAGCGUUACCAACAGCAGCAUCGAACAGCAGCAACAGCAGCAACAACAACUAAACACAACGGCAACAAUGCCGGCGAUGCCAAAAGAAAAAGCCACAACUGCCGUUUCCCUAAGCGAAUCAAAUUUCUCGGCUCUAAAGCUCAAGGAGCUGGCGGUUGUUGUUGGCGCAAUGGCCACGACAGCGACGCGACUGCAACAGCAGCAGCAGCAACAGCAACACACGUGCGGCUGUGGCGCUGCAUCGGCAGCAACAGCGACACCCACGUCGGUAACAAACACAGAGAACAACAACAAUAACAACAACAACAGUAGCAGUCGCUACAGUCGCAGCAACAUGUUUCUGACAAACGGCUACACAUCGCCUCUGGCAGCAGCGGUGGCCAGCAACAGUUCAUCAGUCGUCUCCACGCCGCAGCGCAUCAAAAUGUGUUGUCGUGAGUCGCUGUCGUAUCAACGCCAGCUACAACAGCAGCAGCAACAGCAACAACAACAACAGCUGCAGCAGCAGCAGCAGCAGCAACAACAGCAGCAAGAACAACAACAAAUGCCACCGCCGCCCCCUCCAGCCGCACAACAGCUACAAGCAGCGCAGCCACCCCGCCGAUCACCAAACGAUUUCAUCUUUGGCCGUUAUAUUGGCGAGGGUAGCUUCAGCAUGGUAUACCUUGCGGUGGACAUACACUCGCGGCGCGAGUAUGCAAUCAAAGUGUGCGAGAAGCGUCUAAUCUUGCGAGAGCACAAACAGGAUUACAUCAAGCGAGAGCGCGAAGUGAUGCACAUGAUGACCAGCGUGCCGGGCUUUGUGAAUCUGUCGUGCACGUUCCAGGACCAGCGCUCCCUCUACUUCGUCAUGACCUAUGCCCGCAAGGGCGAUCUCCUGCCCUACAUCAAUCGCGUCGGCAGCUUCGAUGCCGCCUGCACCCGCCACUACGCCGCCGAGCUGCUGCUCGCCUGCGAGCACAUGCAUCGCCGCAAUGUGGUGCAUCGCGACCUCAAGCCCGAGAACAUACUGCUCGACGAGGACAUGCACACGCUGAUCGCCGACUUUGGCUCCGCCAAGGUCAUGACCCCACACGAACGCAGCCAGGCGGCCGCCCAGCUGGCCAGCAGCGGCAGCCUGGACGCUGCGGCGCAGCGACGCCGACGCUCGGCGCGCAGCUCCGAUGACGAUGACGAGGACAGCGAAGAGCUGUACGAUGACCUGGACGAGGAGGAGCAGGAGGACAGACGCUUCUACUAUGCCGUCGACAACGACGACGACGACGAUGCCGCCGCCAACGAGGAGGAGGAGGAGGCGCCGCGAGCAGCGGGAGAUGACGUAGAUGCUGCCCGUUCACCGCGCCAUCGCCACUUCCGGAAUCCAAGGAUGCGCGCGCGACGCGGCAGCUUCGUGGGCACCGCCCAGUACGUGUCGCCCGAGGUGCUGCGGAAUGCGCCCAUUACGCCCGCCGCCGAUCUGUGGGCGUUGGGCUGCAUUGUCUACCAGAUGAUCUCGGGCCUGCCGCCGUUUAGGGGCAGCAACGAUUACUUCAUCUUCAAGGAGAUACUGGGCUGUGCCGUUGACUUUCCGCAGGGCUUUGACAAGGAUGCCGAGGAUCUGGUCAGGCAGCUGCUCAAGGUCGAUCCGCGCGAACGCCUGGGCGCCCAGGAUGAAUUCGGCUACUACGAGAGCAUACGGGCGCAUCCCUUCUUUGCGGGCAUCGACUGGCAAACGCUGCGCCAGCAGACGCCGCCGCCCAUCUAUCCUUACCUGCCCGGCGUCAGCCAGGACGAUGCGCUGUGCAGUGCGAACAGCUACUGUCUGCCGAUUAGCGUGGAUCUGGAGCCGGGUCUGGACGAGCGCCAGAUAACGCGUCUGCUCAGCGCCGAGCUGGGCGUCGGCAGCAGCGCCGCGGCGCCCGCCCACAAGCCCUCCGUGGCAAAGAAUUCGUUCGACUUGAGCGACGCACAGAAGCAGCAGCGCCUGGAGGCACAAAAGACUGACAAGUGGCACGUGUUCGCCGACGGCGAGGUGAUCCUCAAGCGGGGAUUUGUUAACAAGCGCAAGGGUCUAUUUGCCCGCAAGCGUAUGCUUCUGCUGACGACGGGGCCGCGCCUCAUCUAUAUUGAUCCCGUGCAGAUGAUCAAGAAGGGCGAGAUACCCUGGAGUCCCGAGCUGCGCGCCGAGAUCAAGAACUUUAAAAUCUUCUUUGUGCAUACGCCGAAUCGCACCUACUAUCUGGACGAUCCCGAAGGCUAUGCCAUACAGUGGGUCGAGGCCAUUGAGAACAUGUCGAAACUGUGCUACGGCGACGCAGCUGCCGCAACGGCAGCCGAUGCUGCUGCUUCGACAGCGGCGGCAGCAGCUGUGUCCACAACCAACAGCAUCUCGUCCUUCGCCUGCUCAACGGGCGGCAGCAGCAGCAACAGUUUGGCUGUCUACAGCACGCCCAUCGCCAGCUCCAAUUCGCCCGCCUCCAACAACAGUUCGCCCACAGCGCGGCGAAGUUCGCCGGCAGCGCAGCAGCGACAGCAACUGGAAGCAGCAGCAGCAGCGACAACAGUUACAACAACAGCAACAACAACGACGCGAGGCAAAAAGACAGUGUCCAAUUGAACAGCUGAACACGUGUCUCGGCCAUUUCGUGACUGUUGUCGUUAUUUAGAUUUAAAUGCAAAUUAAAUUCUAAUUUAGUUGAAAUUUAGUGCAAACAUCAAAAACAACAAAAACAACUACUAGCAAAAACCUACACACACACACACACACACACACACACACUAAUAGAAAUGCAAGAAUGUGUCUAGUGCUAAUUCGAAAUUUGUUUAUAUAUAUAGUAUAUAUAUAUUUACAUAUAUUCAUACAUAUAUCAAAUAACAAUUUCUGUUUGUUGUGUGUCUCUCGUUUACCGUUAAACUUUUGUGCAUAUACAUAUAUACAUAUAUACAAAUAUACAUAUAGAAAGAGAGGGAAGAAGCAGCAGCAGCAAAAUAACACAGUGUAAGCAGAAAACACAUAUAAAAUCUAUAUAUAUAUAUAUAAACUAAAUUUAAACUAAACUAAUUUAAAUUAAAUUAA